AUGGUAGCUGUGCGGCGGCAAGUGAGGAACCUGUCAGAUAAGAAUGUAAGGAGAGCUCGCGCCAGAGAAGUUAGAGACGCUGAAUAUGCGCUCGUCCAGGACGUCGUCAUGGCUUUCUCUUUGCUGCUCAGUUGCGCAGUUGUCGCCGCCAUCUACUUGUACGCGCGACAUAUUGAUGUUGCCGCAAGUCAUCGCGUAAAAGUCAAGCACGCCAAGGCGGAAUUAGAGCGGCUUCAAUGGAAAGAUAAUCCUGACCUGGAGAAGGGUUGGUUAAUGUUGUCGCGACAACACGAAGCAAGUAUCAACUUGCUGAAAGUCAUGAGUGCGGAUGACCAGCUUUCGGCCCUUAAAUCAUUUUGGUACAAAAUGCCAGAGACGGAACGUUCGAUGCGAUUUGAGGAAGCACGGAAUGGACUCAUGACAGAACCUGGUAUGGCCUCUUUGCUCAAGUCCCAAGGUCACGGCAUGACCGAUGCGCUUGUGCCAGAAAUGUUUGCUGAGGAAACAUUUGCUAGUGACCCAAGCCAGUUAAUCAAGCUAGUGAAUCUCCUGCUGGAUGGUAGGGAGAAUAUUAAAAGAAUCUCAGAAGAAGAUUUCGGGAAAAGAAUGGGUCAGCACGGCGCGCGAGAUGUGUAUCGAAGCGCGAUCCUCUCUCGCUUUGUUGCUAGCUUUCUUCUUGACCUUUCAGUGGCCUUAGCUGCAAGUGAGCCACGGCAAGGAAUCCAGAGGGCGAUGCUGAAGGAGCAAAACUAUGUAAAUACUGUCUGAGCCGGGCUUUGAUUGCAACCCGCGAUAUUUCUACCCCAUAGACAAAAGAUGUUUUUGUAGUCUCAGGAAAAUUGUCCUCGUGCU